GUCCACCCAGUAGUUCUGGUAAUUCAGAAGGUCCACCCGGUAGUUCUGAUAAAUCUGAAGCUUCAGCUGGUAGUUCUGGUAAUUUAGAAAGUUCUCCUAAUAUUUCUGUUAGUUCACAAGGUCCACCACCGAAUGUGCCAAAGCAACCAAUUUCCCCAAACACGGCGAUUAAUCCAAUUUCUACAAUACAUCAACCUAGUGUUCCCCGACCCACCACACAAUCAACGCAACGAAUUAAUAGUUCGACCACAAAUCAACCAAUAAAAGCAUCAACGACUUUACCAAAUCAAUCGGGAACUCCUGCUUAUCAACCUAUUCCGAUUUUUUACUUACCACAAAAACCAACUAUUCCAGAAAUUCUCGGUAAGUCAGCACUGUAUCAGUAUUAAUUUAUGACAUUGUAUUUAACACCAAGCCAAUCCCUUGGUAACUCGAAUAUGUACGUGGUAUAUAAUUACGCAUUUACGCUAUACGUGUGGUCCAUUACACUUGCGGCCUCGGUUGGCAGUUGGCUUUACUUCUUGCCGUCCGUGACUGCUUUGUCUCACGAAUUUCACGAUUUUUCAACGUCUUUCUCUUCCUUAAGAAUUUUAAGAGUAAAGGAAGAAAAUUUCCCUUUGAUUGCUCUAAUUCCAUGAAACGAGUUACUCAUUUUUAAAAAGAAACAGCAGGGAAAGUCGUUUCGUGGCCCGACAAUACCCCAUAUAUUUGAGAUUAAUGCAUGGUGGAUGACCCACGAAUUCACAUCCACGCUUCUUGAAUUUUGAUAUCGCGAUGCAUUCCUUUACUCAAAUGUAAAAGGCCAAACGAAAUAAGUACUCUCCCCAUUUUCGUCUGGAACGGCGCUUCCCACCGUUGGUAAGGGGAUUAAUUUAAUUUCUAUCAUGGUUUUCCACAGGAAGAAGCUUCAAAGUUAGUAUGGUGCUCCCCCAACAACCAUUUGGAGACGACUUGUUGCGUACGAACAGCCUCAUUUUUCACCAACUGAAAGAUGCCCUGGAACAAGCGGUAAUUAAUGACUUAUUGCAUAAUGCCACAGCCAACUCGAUGUAUUUACAUUGGAACAAUAGCAUGCAAAUUUCUACGCCAUCAACUUAAUUGUGUUCACACAGACACUGUCACUGGUGGAAUUACUAUGUUACCUGUUGUCGAACUUACCGAUAGCUUAUGCUAAGUAUCGCAUAAUUUUACGCGAGUUUCACGAAACCGAUAUAGUUUCAUUCUUUGAACAAAGCGAAAAUUGAGAAUAUAUGGAAACAACUUUGACGUUUCGAGCGAACAAGAAAACGAACAGAAAUGAACAAUUAAAAUCCUACGGACGUUUUAGACGUCGCCGGUUGCUCUGUUUACAACGGCAGAAUACAGAUUAUCACUUCUCGUAUAUAACGCUUACAUUUCAAGCUGGUUGUGGAAAGCCAGUGUUUGGACUAUUGUCGUAUUGGCGUAAGAGAUGCAAUUGAUGAUUAAAAAGCGAGUCGUAUAGUAAAACAGAUUGGAUGCGAAUGCUUAAUAUAACUGUCUUAGGAUAAAAAUUCAUUUUAUGCAUAAAAAAAUCGCAGCUAAAGUUUAUGUAAUCAUUAGCACGGGAACUGACGGUUGAUUAAAUUUAACAUUCUUUUCCUUUCCGGAAAUUUCUUCGUGAAUAAUGAUAUUGUAAUAACAAUAUUUCACACCGUAUUUUUACAGAUCCGCAACCUGUAUGCAGAUAAUUCACACUUCAUGGACGUCCAAGUAAUUGAAUUUCGGUAAGUUUAUGUGAUCUAGAUUGGAAGAAGUAAAAUAAAAAAGUAAAACAUAAUAACAACGAAUGUUCUGAUGAUGGCCUGGUGUGCAGCAAAUCUUAAAAUUUCACAAUUCUCAGAGUUUGAGAUGGUAUAAACCACCGCUAAGUCAAUGUUUUCUACGGAUCGAUCCAUAACAAGUGACGGUUUGGGUUAGCGGUUGCUUGAGAUUGUUGGCGUUUUGUCAUUCCGGAGGAAAAUUGGGAUCAAAUUUGAUUCAACUAAAUUAUGGCUUGAAAAAUUCGUGUUACUGAUGGAGUGAUGGUUGCAUAUAAAUUCUUAAGGAAACUUUCCGGAAGACGGUUACCCUAUAACGACAGCGCCACAAUCCUUUUUAUUUUCCGUCCGUUAAUGUUUCAGAAAACCAUACAUAGCUUGGCUAAGCUGAACUAUUGAACUUUCCAGUUAUGUAUAAAUAUGAUUUGUUUUAGUGCGAUAAACAAAGGUCUAGUUAGCCGUUCAAAUAUACCCACAACGAAGAUGAACAAGGGCUAUGGCGAACUUGUCACAGUUAUCAUCAUAAAGUUAAAUUUUAACCAGGUUAUGAAAGGCCAUCUUGUUCUCCUUAGCCGUCAAUUGGACAGCGGAGUACUCGGAAGUGUUGUCGUUCGAAGAACGUUAUUUGCAGGUAUAACAUUCGAUAUGGCGAAAAUAUAUUGUAUAUAUAGUAGCAACAGAAGAAUACUUUAAGUACUCAGAUUUUCCGUUGUUGUUUUUAUUUCAGCUCGCACUGACAAGGAUUCGUGUAAGUCAAGUUGCAAGAAACCUAAUAUUUGCUUCCCAUCAUGCACAGUCGUCUGCUGUUUGCCUGAUGACGCACGUCAAAUUGUCCAAAGGAAUGCUGCUGGGGUAAAAAUUCCUGCAUGGCUUCGACGACACACAAGACCUGCUGGGACAUGAAAAUGAUGAAAUGUAGCAUCACAACUGAUCUGAAAGGUGAUUGGAUAGCGCAGGCGGUUGUCCACUGGUAAUGAAAAUGGUAAUUUCUAGGCCUACUCCUAGGGAACAAUACGAUAAAAUAUCGCUACUUCUUAUAUACACCAGAUAAGACGCUACAAGGAACAAAAGCUUAAAAUGGAUGCGGACAUUGGACAAUGUAUAGUUUUAGCUGUGUUGCCAGCUAUGCAGCCAAUUCGGGAAGUUACUAUAUAUGCAGGUUUUGACUGUAUUUUAAUGAAUAUUGGUAUACGUUUACCGACCUAAUAAGUCAAUUGUAAUAUUCCUGAAUAGUCAAUACAAUUUUACAAAAUAUAUUUCUGUGUUGCGUAGAUGUAAUUCAUGAGUUAUCAGAUUUUAUUCCUAUAUAAACGUUCGGUUUGGGCAAUUCCAGUAAAAUUUGAUUUAGGCAAGAAGAACAAAAUCCAUCACCACAGCUAGAAAGAGCGUGUUAAAAUUAGUAAAAUUGCAAAGUUUGGCCGCGAAAUGUUGUAAAAUGCGGAAAAUAUAGCACUGCGAAAUUUACAAAUUGUAUAUUAAUUUUUAUUAUAUAUAGUAGAGAGUGAGAUACUGAAAAAUACACAAUGAGAUAUUUUCCAUAUCUUCACUAGUGAAGAUAUCGAUCACGUGACUUUUUCCAAUUUGCUUUUGAGCGUGAAAUUUCACAAUCUUUUUGCUUGGGACUAUAUAAUAAACAGAACAUUACACGGUGGCUUGAAGAUACGACUUUUAUCUUCUCGUGUUAAAAACAAUAUUUUACUCACUCGCUGCGCUCGUUCGUAAAAUAUUGUUUUCAUAAUUUUGUUAUAUAUUUACUCACGCUAAUGGGACUGGAACAUAGUGCCACAGUUGGUUUCACUAAAAUGUUACGUAGUCAAAUCUAAAGCCGGUUUUCCACUAGGCGGAAUUUUGCGCGCGGAGCGGACUUUUUCUUUGUCUUGUGAUUUCUCGGGUGGAACUAAUUAGAAAAGACAAAGAAAAAUUCCGCUCCGCGCGCAAAAUUCCGCCUAAUGGAAAUCGGCUUUAAUUUGUGGACAAGACUCAGAUAUUCCAGGGUAGUACAAAGUUUUAAGAAAGUUUUAAGACUGUAUUACCUGACUAUUGGGCAUUUGCCACCUAUAGGCAUUUCCCUAUGGCUAUAUGAUUGUCUGUUUUCUAUAAAUAGUGAAAUAGUGAUGAUGACCACAUAUACAACAAAGCCACAAAUGUGAUUUAUGGAUCCGCUAUGCAGUCUUUAACCCAGUGUAAAUAGCUGGGCGGAAUUAGUACCAUCGCCUCUGUAUACAUCACAUGGCAUAGUGGGGGCCUCAGUCAGGAAUUUUCGCGCGCGCUUUGUUUUGUUUUACUUUCUUAAUUAUUUUUGGCCCUUCAGCCUUUUCUUAACCUCGAAAUUCUACCGAUAAUUAAAUAAUUCCCGUAUUAGUAGUUCGCCUCAAUAAUAUAAUAAUAUUCAGCACACGUCAUCAUGUACAAUGUACGCGUGCAAUUUGUGGCCGCAAUUUCCAAAGUAAUAACUUGAAAGUUUUCUUUUCAUUUUUUAUCAGUGACCAAACAACAAGUAUUAGCUUUGUAAUUGUGAUGCUGUUUUAAUGGAAAGGCGGUUGAAAAUUAGAGUAUUGUUGAUUUUGGGAAGAUUGGUUUAAAUUCUGCGAUUGUGAAAGUUGUCCUUGUAACGCCAAUUCAUUUGCGAGUUGCCCUGGUAAAGUUAUUUUUGCGGGUGCUGACAUCUGGCGUUGAAGAUUGACAGAACCACCAACUGAAAAAGAAAGUAACGAAAAUUGCAUUACGGAUGUCAGAAUUAAUGGGGGGGGAAUGGGGGAACGGAGAUGUAAUAACUUAAUGUGUAUAAUAGAUAAGACUAAUUAUAAUUGCUAAUUAUUCACUAACGUAUUGCUAACAUGUAAACAUGUAAACAUGUAAUCAUAUAUUCAUAGUACCCGAGGCAGCGUUUACACUGUACCGUUUUCGUAGCGUUCUCGUAUUGUUCUUAAUCCUCAAGGGAACGCAAGACAAUAGUCUAGUUCUCUCGAACAAUACGAGAACGCUACGAAAACGCUACAGUGUAAACGCUGCCUGAGUGUAGAGACAUUGAGAUUAAUAAAGCAUACAUGUGCACAGCACAACAGGAGAAUAUCAUAUUCCCCCUUUUGAAGAUCUUUAAAAGGGGAAUACGAUAUUCCCCAAUAUUCCCCGAGAUAUUUCCCCAUUCCCCGAUACUCCCCGUUCCUCCAUUCCCCUUUUAAAAGAUAGCCAUGUCAGAAUUGUUUCCAGAGGUUGUAUUUACAGAAUGGGGCGUGGUCGGCAUAGCCAUUAGUUGCAUGACGUUGUCUGACAAUAAUUGAGUCUACCAAAUACUGCUGCUUUUCUCCGGGUAUUACCGCGAUUUUCUCCACCUGUAGCAGUACUGGACCAAUAACUAAAGGCGUUAUUAGCCCUCUAUGGAGAACAGCUGAGAACCUUAUUCGAAACAGAUUCCUCCAGCGUGGUUUAUAGAAGCGGUGCCUUAUACGGCAUUUACCCAAGUCAUUCAUACUGCUAAUAAUUGCACAUCUGUGAUUAUAUUUCUCUUCGCGUUUGUAAUGGGGACAUCAAACUUCUUCUACUCAUUGGAGAAACGGAAAUGAUCCAAACACAAUACCUGUACUUUGGCGUAGAAGAUUAGAAAAAUUUAUUCUUUGUGAAAACGGUUUCUGGACAGAAACCACUGGAUGCCUUAGCGAAGACGACGUCAUUGGAUGUUGUAAAGGCGUAGUAGGUUGUGAAGCAUUUAGUUGUGACAUGAAUGAUUGCUGCAUUGUUUCCUGAUUUAGUGAUUUCUGAUGAGCGAGUGGUUGCGACUGUUGGAGACUCAACUGUUGGGAUGUGUCAACGCUGCUACUAGCCCCUGAUAUUGCAGAAAGAAAAAUCAUUGGCUUAUCUCAUACGAAUUUCUUUGUGGGCACAAUUUAAUUGUCAAAGUAUUUAAUUUGUACAAGAAAGAGGAAAUCAUUCGCCAAAUAAAAUUCUUUAAGCGGGUUUACUCUUCCCUGUGUGAUAUAUUUUUACAGUGAUACCCUGAUCUCCUCGGGUUCUUUUUUUCUCCAAAGGAAUGUAAACCUCGUAUUUCCAUUAUUGUUCAUGCACGAGGGACGUUUAUCGUUUGUCUUCUACUUUCCCCGUGCUUAUAAUGAUAUGCAGGAGGGAAACUUAGUGGUAGGGAAAGGUUUUCUUUGUCUUCUAUAAUCUUCCUUGUAUAUCAAUGAGGGAAAAUUAGAAGACAAAAACUUAUUUGUAUGCCAGUCAAUUCCCGGAUCUCCAUCGGUGCUACUAUCAUCAUUGACAUUAUCAGCACUGAUAAAGAUAUAGAGAAUAAUACAUGGGUGCGCGGAAAUACCAGAUUUAUUUCGAGUGUUCAACAUGAUAUUUUUCUGUUUAUUAUAUAAACAAAAUUCAGUGAAAAACAAUAAAACGUCCGUGGCAAUGCGUUUUACAACAAAUGAUAUUUUCACACGUAAAACUGAAUAUCGUAUUUUUUACGUGUGUUUAAAUACGAUUUUUCUCAGUGGCCAAAAAUUCUAUAUAACACUUAUGUUUAUAUAAUAAACGGUCUGAUUUUUCCUUUAAUCCACUGAUAUUCGAAAACUUCCUUAGACUAACGCCCUCGGACUUUCACAAAUAUUACCUCGACGGCUGGGAAAUUUAAUCGCUAUAUAGUUUCUAAAUGACUUGGGGAAAUUAGAAACCAGUAUAAAUUUAGUAGUGGCGGUGGAACAGGGGGGGGGCUAGGGGGUAAAGCCCUCCACAAAAAUAAGUGGGUGAGCUAACCCCCCCCAAAAAAAAAAUGGAUAAGAUUCCAAAUUUUGAAGUUUAUAUAUAAAAAUGCGGAAAUUUAGAGACAAUAAUCGGGAAAGAUGAAAGAAAACCGGCAAGUGUAUUAAAAAUAGCAAGUAGGAAAAAGGCUGCCUCGUCCCCAGGCAUAUACGCAUUUCACAUACGAGUCACUAUAUAAAAGGUUUACAUGAAGUAGUGCGUCAUUAUAGGCGCGCAAAGGGGGAUGGGAUAUGAGCGUUAUGCCUCAAGCCUACACGCGUAAAAAUCAUCAUGUUGUUGCAAGUUGUCAACAAGUUGCUGCAACUUGGUUCUGAACAGGAUGCUGCAAUAUUGUGCGGCCCACUUGCAGCAAUGUUGUCAACAAUAUUGUUCACGCUUGUUCGAACAAUGUUGUUGACGCCUGAUGAACGAACAAGGCCUGAACAACGUUGUUGGAACAACUGAGAUCAACCUGAUAUCAAUGAUGUUUUAUAUUGUCAACAACUGCGAACAGUCUUGUUUUAUCAAUACGUAAACAACCUGAUAUCAAUCUGUUUCGACGCUGUUAUUCGUGGCCAUUUUCCAGGGGGGGGAAGAGAAAUUUAAAGGCACAGUUCAGCCUUUUGAAUGAUGGUUUUUAAGGCGCAUUACAAGCCUUUUAAUUGAAAAAACUAAUUAGGAAAAUCAAUUAAGCACAAUUCAAGAUCAGUGAUUUCAAUGUUUUUAACAUUUUUAAACAUUUCUAAUGUUUUUUAACAUUGAGUUCACUGAUUUUGAAUUAUGCUUAAUUGAUUUUCCUAGUUAGUUUUUUCAAUUAAAAGUCUUGUAAUGCGCCAUAAAAACCAUCACUCAGAAGGCUGAACUGUGCCUUUAAAUAAGCACACAAACAGACAAACUUCGCUUCUUGAUAUGAAAUUCAGUUUAUUUUGAAAUAAGAAAAUACAGAUUAGUGAACAAAUACAAACUAAAGAGAUAAUUACAGUAAAAGUACAAAGGUAAGAUAAUUAUAAACUAUUUUAUAUGCAAUUAAGGUUUAUAAAAUACUAAGUACUAUUUAUAAAUCUAAAUACUUCAUAGUGUUAAGUGUUUUGACUUUUGAGUUCAUAUUAAAUACUGGUAAACAAUGGCAGUAUUUUAGCAAAAGGUAGUGCAACACUGCAACCUCUAUAAUUAUUAUUUAGGUAUUGUCAGGAUGGAAUUUGAAUCUGUUGGAGCAAGUCUAUCACAGAGAUUUUAUGAACCAUGCAUGCAAUUUGUACAUAAUCAUAUAUUUGCCCAUUAUAUUUAUAAACUGACAGUUAAUAAUUAAUCAUUCACAGACUAAUAAAAUCAUCUGGGGCCGGUAGUUCAAAGGCUUACACGGGCUUCGAACAACCGGGCCCAGAUGAUUUUAUUAGUAUGUGAAAGAGUAAUGGUAUUAACUGUCAGUUUAUAAAUAUAAUGGGCAAAUUAGAGAGAGUAUAUAAAAUACUAAAGUAGGCUCAUUGCCAAUUGAUGGAUUAGGUUAACAUAAUUAAUAAACUAUAGAUGGUUUUGUUGCAUCUCACUCAAUGGAAAUUUUAAUGUUGGGUUUUGUUGAUGGAUAAAUGGAGUACUUAAUAAUUUGAAUUAAAAUAUGGACCUAACCAGGCCCUUAUUGCCUGAAUGGCAUCUUAUUCAAAUAAUCAUUUAACUUGAAAUAAAGGGAUCUCCCUCAAUUGAUUUAGCCUGCAGAGGGCCAACCCCAUUCCUGGAUCACUUAACCUGAAAUUCAGGCCCUACUUUCAAUUUUCUGUCUGCAUCCUUUUGAAUGUUCAAUAUUUUUAACCUUACAUUAAUGAUAUUAAUGAUUAUUCAAUUAAAGUCAACAAUUUCUUUUUCAUCCUGAGAACAUCCAGUUAAUUCAGUCCUCCUGAAUUUGUUUGACACUCCUUAGCAGUGAUAUUUCUGUAGAUUUGCCACUAUUUUAUUCCAGAUAUGAACUCACAGGCCCUAUAAAUUAAGAUUAAAUACAUAGUGCCAUUAAUUUACAAAAUGGACCUUUGCAAUGUUUAUGCAUGCACUAGUCAAUUGAAACCCCCGGGACAGGGCGGGGAAUUAAUGGGGGAAUGGCCGUGGAUUAACACGGUCUUAAUGCAGCAUUUCCCCCGGGGUACAGGGUAAAUAACAAGUCAAUUUAUUAGCCAGGACAAUUCCCAAGUCAUGAAAAUUUCCCAAGUCAUGAAAAUUUGCAAAUUAGUGCUGGGGCCAUAGGGACAGUAAUUUUAACAGUCAAUAUUCUCCCGGUAGCAGGGAAAUGUCCAAAAUUUAACAUUGUCAAAAUGUUAAUUUCCCCGCCCUAUCCCGGGGGUCGGGGUUUCAAUUGACUAGUGCAUUAUGGUGGGAUGCAGCCCCAAUUGUAUGUUUCCCACCAUAUUUUACAUGGCUUAUGCCAUAUAACUUCAGUACAUGGUCAUUUUUGGAUCCAUGCCUGGGACAUAUCAUAAUCUUGAAUCUAAUUUGGGUAUUCAAUCAUGUUUAAUAGACAUAUAGGCAGUCCACAUAUGGACUGGUCAUGCUAUGUCUAAGUGCAUGGCUAUUGCCAAAAUAGCCUCCAUCUACACAGACCACAACAAAGGUAUAAAAAUUACUUACCAAGUUAUCACCCAUUGUAUAUAAUUUGUCUGACAUGUUCAUAGAUCUUUAUUUUUAUACUUAAGUUUACACUACAAAAAGGAUAAAAAUGAGACAAUAAUUACAUGUGAGCAUAAUAAUGGUCAUAAUUAUCCCCCAUAGCCAUGUGAUAAAAUCAUAGCUACCUCCUUCAUAUACCUUCCAUGACAAUUAUAGUCACCUGCUUAACCAGGAAAUAAAAGGAAAUAUGAGAAAUGGCUAAUUAUUUAACUGUAUGCACUCUUGCCUACCUACCUAUAAUCUAUCCAUCACAUAUUAUAUGCAGUAAAUACAUCAUUCUUGGUGUGUAAACUGAUCAAGUAUUUGGUUGACCUUGUUAAAACACAAUAGGAAUUGUUUAUAUAUAUAGCAGUGAUGAUAUGAUAGCGUUUUUGACAUAUCAAAUUUCAAAGUUAAAAAGACUCUGACAGAAAUUUAGAGUGUAAUUGGAAAAAUUUAAACAAUAUUUUGAGAAUUAAAUGUUUUGUUUAUAUUGACGGCUUUUAUUACAGUAUGACCGUGGUUUCUUGUUUCAUAUAUACUGAAAAUAUAGAGAAAAAUAUCAAAAUGCAAUGCCUAUAUAAAAGUACUAUAAAGUUUGUGCAUGUGCAUUUCUUCGUCGUGCACUAUGAAAAUGACUAAAAUCAAAUGGUCGGGUUGUUUUAAGCUUUUACAACUAACCUUACCUCAAAACAAGACACUUACCAAGUUAUUUUCUUCAGUAUUUUUCCCUCAAUCUUCAGAAAAAACCACAAAGUUUAAACGACAUUUAUUUCGCUGUAAAAGCCCGUUUGAUUUCUUGCUCUCGUGAUAUUCGUCCCAUUCGUCCGUUUUGCAUCCAGCGCUUUCGCAACAACCAAUAAAAACAAGUUUUCGUGUUGUUCAAAUCAUUAUUUUACCGUCUAUUUAUAACAAUGCUGUUCACGGUUGUUCGAACAACUAAAAACAACUUGUUCUUUUAUCAAUGUUGUUCACGCCUGUUCGAACAAUAUUGUUGACGCCUGAUGAAUAAACAACGCUGAACAACAUUGUUCUGACAACAUUUGUCAAACAUGUUUCAUCAACCUUGUUGACGCUUGUUCCAUCAUGUUGCAACAACCAUUGUUCGUUCAUCAAGCGUGAACAAGUUGUUGGAACAAUGUUGUUAACGAUUGUCGCUUGAACAACGUUGUUCAGCCAUGAUAACCUCAUUGUUGCAACGUUGUUCAGCGAACAAUGUUGCAACAACCUGAUCAAUUUUUACGCGUGUACACGACUAAGAACGCACAGGUUGUUCCAAGUUGAUAUCGACAGGCGUGAACAAUGUUGUGCGGUCAACUAUGAACAAGUUGUCAACCAUGUUGUUCCAAGUUGUUACAGUUGAACAAUGCUGUAACAACAUGUUGACAAUACUGUUCAUAGUGGGCCGCACAACCUUGUUCACGCCUGUUGAUAUCAACCUGGAACAAGUUGUUGAUUUUCUCAAUUUUUACGCGUGUAGCCUAGACUAAUUAACUUUAUAGCAAUUGUGAUAUUGUUUCCUAAACUAUGUUUAUCCUAACCCACCCUGUCAACUUUCCCUGUGGGAGGAAACCGCGCGGAGAAAUCCCACGACUUUCGACAGAGUUUGACUAUUUUCACAUGAGUCCAUAGCGAGAAUCGAACCCACGAUAUCAGAGGUGAAAGGUAGGGAUGAGCCGAUUAAUCGGUAAAUAAUCGGCAAAGCCGAUUAAUCGGCCGUUUUUUAAAUAAUCGGUAAUUGGCCGAUUAUUGCCUGAUAAUCGGCACUUAAUCGGCCAUAAGACUUUUUCUGCAGCUGCCAAGCACAUGCUAGAAUACUGAAUACAAGCGAAUAGAUUUUCACAUUUUGUUGCAAAACCCGUGUCUUUUGUCUCAAGCGAAGUGAAGCUGGGAACAUUUCCACUGAAAAACGCAGCAGACUAGCUCCGCAUAGCUGACAAUAUCCUGUUUUUACAUCAUAAUCUGCCAAAACUAAACUUUGACUAUUGACAUGCAAGAUUAAAGCUAUUUUUAAUUGUACAUAGUGUGUACUGUAAAGUUGUAAACAAUAAAACCGCAUUUACAACUUCAUUGUUGGUCAUCUUGUGAUUUUUCGCCUGCUUUUUAAAAUAAUCGGCGGGUACCGAUCAAUCGGCCGAUUAGUUACGAUGAUCGGCUUAUAAAUAAUCGGCCUCAGUAAUCGGCAAUUUUCCUUAUCGGCUCAUCCCCUGCGCCACCGAAGCCCCCGUACUGUAGGGAAAGCCCACGACUUUCGGUUGACCGUUGACUACCAGGAGGAAAUCUGUUGGUUUUUGGUAGAGAAAAACUAGUGGAAUAUCGCACAGAGCGAAACCUGGUCACAGAGUUGUGAGAUAGAUUGUGGGUUCGGCUCUCGCUGAGAUUCUCCCUUUACAAAUGGCAGAACUCCCUUUUCAAAUGACAGAACUUGGUUUUCAAAUGCCAGAACUCCGUUUUCAAAUGCGGAACUUGGUUUACAAAUGCCAGAACUCCCUUUUCAAAUCGCAGAACACCCUUUACAAAUGGCAGAACUUGGUUUUCAACUGGCAGAACUCCCUUUUGAAAUGCCAGAACCCCCUUUUAAUAUGCCGGAACUUCCUUUUCAAAUGCCAGAACUCCCUUUUCAAAUGCCAGAACUCCCUUUUGAAAUGGCAGAACUCCUUUUUCCAAUGGCAGGACUUGGUUUUCAAAUGGCAGAACUUGGUUUUCAAAUGGCAGAAUCGAAGUACCUUUUCAAACGCCAGAACUCCGUUUUCAAACGCCGGAACUCUUUUUACAAAUGCCCAGAACUCCCUUUUCAAAUGGCAUGCAGAACUUUGUUUUCAAACUCCAGAAUUCCGUUUUCAAACUUCAAAGUAUUGAAAAGAGUCAGGUUUUUUCAUGUAGUAACACUUAAAAUAAGCAAUGACACGUGCUUCAUCUCUAGACUAAGGAGAACAGUUAUAAAUAAAGUCAGUUAAAAAUCAGCUUUUCUUUCUUUUUUCUAGAUUGUUCGAAAUUUCAGGAAGCCUUUGAUUGUCGCUUCGCCCAAACUUCUCCUAAGAUCUCCGGUAAGCAUUUUUGCGUGGUAAAGCCUAGUUUCUAUUAGUACACCCUAUUUACUUACUUUAUAGCUCAUUUUGUGUUUUCUUUGUAUUAUUUAUAUUAAGGUGGCUGUGUCAAAACUGAGUGAGAUGGCUCCUGGAACACACUUCCAUCCAAUCUUGGGAGAUAAUCACGUUGAUCCAAGUCAAGUUAAACGAGUCGUUUUUUGCUCAGGAAAAUAUUAUUAUACUCUAGCCAAGGAAAGAGAAAACAGAAAUAUUCAAGACACUGCUAUAAUUCGUCUCGAGGUAUAUGUCACUAUGGAUCUCAUUAGGUGCCAUUUCGGUAGUAACAACUACAACAAAUAACACUUAAUAAAACGAAAGCUAGAGCACAACAACAAAAUUUUCGAGCACAGAUAUAUGUACUGUGCAUUCUUUGACCUAUUAUUAAAGUGGCACUGUCAUCAAAAUUUUUAUUUUCUUAAACGAAAAUGCUCUUAAAACUGUAUAGUAACUUGUUUUGAGGAUUUUUGUUCCCAUGCUUAGUUCUUGAGAUAUUUCAUUUUGUUUGUAAACAUGUGACGUCAUCUACUCAAUUACAUAUAUAAUGAGAUAUCAGUAAUUGUUGUAUAUAUUUGCUAUUUUUGAUGGAUUUGUUUAAAAAAAACAGUAUGCUUAAUGAUGUAGGUUAAGUUAACAAACGCGCCGCAUCUUUCGAAAGAUUUUGAUAAAAAAUAGCAAAGAUACACAACAAUUACUGAUAUCUCAUUAUAUAUGUAAUUGAGUAAAUGACGUCACAUGGUUACAAAAAAAUGAAAUAUCUCAAGAACUAAGCUUACAUGAGAACAAAAAUCUUCAAAACAAGUUACUAUACAGUUUUAAGAGCAUUUUCGUUUAAGAAAAUACAAAUUUUGAUGACAGUGCCACUUUAAAACCAGGAGCAGUUGCGAAAAAUGCAACUAUAGGCUUUAGGUUAACCUAAAAUUCAAAGCAAACUUCCUGACAGCUUGUCUAUAAAUUUGGAAAUAUUUCUUCAGAGAUCUUGUCUGGAUCGAUAGGAGUUCACUUCUCUGAAGUUUUGAAAUAAACAGACGUGUAGAAAUACACAAACUAAAACAGCAGGUUAAAAAUUUUAACCCAGGGCUAGCGCUAACUCACCUUUGAACAACCGGCCCCUGAGCUACAGUUGCUGAGCGUUAACUACAGAUUCACCUAUACCAUGUAAAAACCCAUCUACUUUUUGUUCUAUCAUUUCUUUAUUUACCCACACAACAAUAAAAGCAUCUUGGCGCCGAUAUAUGUACGCUUACGUACCUAUUUUUAACAUCGUAGGCAUUGACACCAUUCCCUGCUGAAGAUAUAAAGAAAGAAGUUCAGAAAUAUUCUAACGCUUCAGGUAAGCUCUUGUGAUCUCAUUGCCCUCAUUUUUCCAUGUUUCUUGGUCUAGUCACCGCGGGUAAAGCCCGUUUUUCACUAGGCGAAUUUUUUCCCGCAAAGCGACUUUUUGCUUUGUCGGCAUCGCUUACUCGGCUUAGCUCAGCAAAAGCGAUAUCGCUUAUUUAUACGUCGACAAAACCGAUCCCGACAAAGGAAAAAGUCGCUUCGCGGGUUUACUUCAGGCCUAUUUCCACUCGAGAAAAAUUUCCUGACAGAAAAUUUUCCGAAAAUAUCAUUGUUAAAAGUUAAAAAUUUUCAACUUCAGAUUUUUUUCCAAGCGGAAAAUUUGUGUCGGGCAAUCACAUUUUACAAAAUUUUCUUUCUGCGGAAAAUUUUCAUGAGUGGAAAUUUACGGUCACUUCGUUGAAUGGUCAGUCGCCUUGAGUGGAAAGCCAAUGAUAAACCUAAAAGGGUGGCAGGGAUCAAUAAAACGGUCGGCCACCGGCCAUUAGCCGAGCAAAAUCAGUGCUGAUAUGGCCGUCUACUGAUUGCUCUGCACGGACAUUUAUUGCCGACCGUUUUUUGUCUCAUCAAUUUGGAUAUUUAUUUAUUUUAAUAGUGUUGCAAAUCUUUUUAACAAAAUCUGUAAUAUUUAACACAUGCAAACAAAGAUUCCUUCUGCUAGACAAUCACAGAAUCUGACUUCGUCCCGAUGCACACAAUAACAAUGUCAUCUCGUGUGUUAAGAGAAAUAUUUUAUAUUAUAUAUACUGUUACUGCAUGAGUAAGUUGUCGUUGAAAUUGUGUAAUUUUGUUAACCAUUAUGCAUAUGUUUUGGAAUUUUGGUACGUAUUUGUUUUGGUUUUUAGUACUAUGACAACUGCCAACGUCCCUCUUGAGAAUAAUUAAGUGUCCGAUCAUGUCCGACAAAAACAUGCAUGGGUUGGUCUGACAUUGUGUCAGACCAAGUUUUCAGAAUUAUAUUGAACUCUGAAAGGUGGAAGGCUAUAUGAUCGUGCUUACCGAAAAACGUGUAAUAAUUGUGUUGCAUGUAUGCUUUUCUUGUAAUGUAGAGUUUAUUUGGUGUCAAGAAGAACAUCGAAAUAUGGGCGCUUGGACGUUUGUCAAUCCUCGCUUUGAUAACCUCAUUGGUGUCAAGGUAGGCCGAACAACAUUUGAUAUUGGCUUGGCGGCUCGGUGUUUAGUAUAUAUGCCUAGCUUUCAACUUUGCGACUAGUUUUGGAUUCCUACAAUAUGGAUUGGAGACUUACUCCAAGUUUACCUUGAAAUGGCUUCAGUUUGAUAUGCCGGGUCUAUCCAGUCUGUUAUAAGAUCAGUUUCAUUUUGAAUUGGGUCUAUCCAGUCUAUAUGAAAUCAGUUCAUGAAACUGACCCAUAAUAGACUGGAUAGACCCUAGAUAGACUCAAAAACAAAUGAAGCCAUUUCGAAAGUCUAUGCAGUAUGCAGUUUUUUAUUAUAAUUGCGCCUCAGUUGUAUAUGAAGAAGAGUGUAUCCAGUUUGAUUCGACAAACUGCUACUUUCUUCUUCUGGUAUUCUAUAGAGAUGACUCUUACUGGACCUCUAGGGAGAGCAGUUUAGAACUGAUACAGCUAAUAACUGGUGUAAAUAAAAGUUUCCGUAAUAACAUAACUUGACCGAUAAUGGAUUAUCCUUACUGGACUUUUUGGGAGGGCAGUUUAGAACUAACCUGUAGAGCUAACCUGUAUAAAUUAAGGUUUCCUCCUGUAAUAAUAUUACCGAUAAUAGAUGAUCCUUACUGGGCUUCCAGGGAGAACAAUUUACUGUAAACUGAUAGAGCUAUAUCCACUAUAAAUAAAGUUAGUUUUUCAAUUGUUUUAUUUCAACGUCAAAUUUGAAAUAACUUGCGAUGUUCGAAUGCCUUUCUCCAUGGUAAAGUAAACAUUUUUCUGACGAAACUGCAGUUAGAAAAUACCCAACUCGCCUGGAAGUGUAUUUCUUCCGUUUGUCAAUGCCCAUUCUGGAGUAUACGAUCUAUAUACCAAUUUAUUGAAUGGUAUAUGUAAGGUAUUUUAUUUAUGCAUCGUAAAUUUUAAGCGUAUGAGUUUGUAUUUCCACUGUGCCUGUGGACAUAUAUCCAGUAUAAAUACAGUUAGUUUUUCAAUUGUUUUAUUUCAAUGUUUUCUUUCUAGUUACGAUAUGUAGGUAGAAAGAUUCUGGCCACGCCAGCUGUUGGGAUGGGCAAAGUUCACGAACAAGAAUCAGCGGAAAUAUUAAACUCGGUAUUUUGAAUUCCAGCAAGUAUUGGUGCCAGUCAAAAUAGUAUAGGUAUAGAGAUUGGGUCGCGCAGGACUAACGGGUGACUUAUUCGAUGAGUCGCGCGCGAACACUCCAAGGAAGGAGAAUGUAGUUCAAGUUUCAUGACGUGUCCGCUAGCGCGAACGAACAGCAAACUCGUCUGGUCAACUGCAGUGCAUGUCGAAACCACUAUAUAUCUGAUAUACACUAGAUAGCGCAUCUCUUUUAGUAAAAUUGAAGCCAAGAAUAUUCCAGCGGUUACCCCCAUUUGAAUAGAUGGCGACCAUGUUGGUCGUUCCCACUUGCUAAUAAACGCUUAAAAACAACAAUAACUUUCAUCAUUUGAAUAGCUUAAAAACGUAUUUAGAAUAGUGUUAACUUAAUGUUUAAGUUCCCUGUUUAAGAAAUAGAAAACAUACGAAUCUUCGCAUUUCAUGGGAACGACCUGAGACUGCAAUCACGGCUUCAAUUUUUGAAUUGCAGAAUAAUUAGAUGCACUCUCUAGUGUAUAUAAGAUAUCUAUGGUCGAAACGAGUUCGCGCAGACGAAGUUGAAUAAUAUGAACUUUUCACUAGUUCACUAACAAGUAUAGCAUCUGAAUUCCAGUUCCCAUUUAUUGGUACCAUUUGCAUUCGGUAAUAAAGUUACGUGGUGUUUCCACAAACAAAAAGUAUCAUAUGUUUUAUCGC